GAGCCGGAGCCUCGGAGCCUCUCCCUGGGGGGCCACGUGGGCUUUGACAGCCUCCCGGACCAGCUGGUCAGCAAGUCGGUCACACAGGGCUUCAGCUUUAACAUCCUCUGUGUGGGGGAGACCGGCAUCGGCAAGUCCACACUGAUGAACACGCUCUUCAACACAACCUUCGAGACCGAGGAAGCCAGUCACCAUGAGGAGUGUGUACGCCUGCGGCCCCAGACCUACGACCUCCAGGAGAGCAAUGUGCACCUCAAGCUGACCAUUGUGGAUGCUGUGGGCUUCGGGGAUCAGAUCAAUAAGGACGAGAGUUACAGGCCCAUAGUCGACUACAUCGACGCGCAGUUUGAAAACUACCUGCAGGAGGAGCUGAAGAUCCGGCGCUCCCUCUUCGACUACCACGACACGAGGGUCCACGUCUGCCUCUACUUUAUCACGCCCACAGGGCACUCCCUUAAGUCCCUGGACCUGGUGACCAUGAAGAAACUGGACAGCAAGGUGAACAUUAUUCCCAUCAUUGCCAAGGCUGACACCGUCUCCAAGAGUGAGCUCCACAAGUUCAAGAUCAAGAUCAUGGGCGAGCUGGUCAGCAAUGGGGUUCAGAUCUACCAGUUUCCCACUGAUGACGAGGCUGUUGCCGAGAUUAACGCAGUCAUGAAUGCACACUUGCCCUUCGCCGUGGUGGGGAGCACCGAGGAGGUGAAGGUGGGGAACAAGCUGGUCCGAGCGCGGCAGUACCCUUGGGGCGUGGUGCAGGUGGAGAAUGAGAACCACUGCGACUUUGUGAAGCUGCGGGAGAUGCUGAUCCGGGUGAACAUGGAGGACCUCCGAGAGCAGACCCACAGUCGGCACUACGAGCUCUACCGGCGCUGCAAGCUGGAGGAGAUGGGCUUCCAGGACAGUGACGGUGACAGCCAGCCCUUCAGCCUGCAGGAGACCUACGAGGCCAAGCGCAAGGAGUUCCUGAGUGAGCUGCAGAGGAAGGAGGAGGAGAUGAGGCAGAUGUUUGUCAACAAAGUGAAGGAGACAGAGCUGGAGCUGAAGGAGAAGGAGAGGGAGCUCCACGAGAAGUUUGAGCACCUCAAGCGGGUCCACCAGGAGGAGAAGCGCAAGGUGGAGGAGAAGCGCCGGGAGCUGGAGGAGGAGACCAACGCCUUCAACCGCAGGAAGGCCGCGGUGGAGGCCCUGCAGUCCCAGGCCUUGCAUGCCACCUCCCAGCAGCCUCUGAGGAAGGACAAGGACAAGAAGAAAGACUGCACCCUCUCGACUCUGGCUCCUGGGGAUCUCUCUCCUCCACCUCGCUUCAUUCAGUGUCCCAAAGCACAUCACACUGUGGGCUCUCGUCCACCCCUGCUUUCCCCUGCCCCUGAUCUGUGUCAGGUCCCCUCUCUGUCUUGUCAGCUGAGGAAUUAAGCAGGUGACUCCCUUUUUGCCCUCAUCCUUGGGCUCCUUGGACUCCCAUUUCUCCUUGGAAUGUUUGGCAGUAUCUGUGUCCAGGCCGUCCUUUCCUUGCCUUGUGGUUAAGGCCAUGCGGUGCACAGGAACCUGUCGGCUCUGGGAUGCUGCAUGUGGCAUUAGCCUGUCCCCACCUCCAGUACUGCAUUCCCCAACGCGCGCCCCCCCACGCACCCACACCUCCAUGGACACGGUCUGUCUUGCUGUUACUCCAGCCCCGUCACAUGCACAGACGCAGGCACAUACCUACCAACACACACAGCCCCCAAGAUACACGAGCAUAGAGGCGUAGUCACAUCUAAGCUCCCUGAGCUCCAUGAGUUGCUCCCUGGGGGAGGCUAGGGGGACAAAGCCGGGCCUUUAGGAAUUGAAUGCUUGUUCUUAUGCCUAAGGCUUGUCCUCUGCUUUGGGACGGACCCUCCUCCUUUCUAUAGUCUCCCUCAUCCUGCUCACUGGUGAUGCCCCUCCCCCAUCUGCUGGCACUGCUGGCAGAGAUGAUCUCCUGUCUGUCCCAGGGAGGACGCUAGCCCUACAUUCCCCUCCACCGUGUGAAUUUGCUCUCUGCUUUGCAUUUGUUUCCAGCCCCGGCCCCAUGUCCAGCUCUUGGCUUGGUGAGCCUGGGGACUCUGUGAAUUGGAAUCCAUGGGGGGUUUUAAGCGAGUGGCUCAGAAAUCUGGUUUCUCCUAGAAAGGGUUCUGUGGGUCUGUGUCCCAGGUGUUGGCACCUAAUGAGACUUUGCCCUGCUCCCUGCCUACUGGGCCCAGGCCAUCUGGUUUCAGAAAAGGCAGAUAGAGUCUGCUAGGAAAUAAGUAAUGGAAAAACCCCUCGGAAAUGGAAGACAAGGAUCUGUGGCCAGGUCAGGGCCAGGAGGUGGAGUGCAGGCCGGCUGCACGGGCACUGGCACACCUCUCAGGGUGGGUGUCCAUCCCCAGUGUCACGUCUCCCUGCUUUUCCCGUGUGGCCUGGGUCUGGGAGACAGGUGUUCUCUGCCUGCUGGACAUGCCAGAAAGCUUCAGUCAGUUUGGCCUCCGGGAGAGAUGCUGUGCUCCCGUGCUGGCCUUGCAGGGGCCAGGAGUGGGCUAGGUAAGGUGGCCAACAGUGCUCCUUCCUCCUGUCCUGGUCAGGGGAAGGGGUCAGUGCAGAGUGCAUUCGAGGUGGUGGUGGGGGGUGUUGUUUCUCAUGACCAUUUAGUUGAAUUGCUUUGAUGGGAUGUACUUGGUCUUCAGAUUUUAAUCCACU